AUGAACUCCAGUAUCCCUCCAUGGCGCUCUACCGCCUCGGCACCAGCGCCGAUGGCUACCGCUUUCCCACCAUCAGGUACGCUGAUGAUCCGCCGGAUUCCUUCUCCGUCUCAUGCUCACCGACGCCCAGCGGCAACCGCCUACUCUCCAGUUCAAGCACGUAGCCUCGCCCACCCCGUUUCCGCCAGCCAACCCGCGAAUGGAUUCCACCAAACUCCUGGGCCAGAGCCUCGAUCGAAAGUGGAGUUCCCCCCGGCAGUCCGCUCCUACGUUCAACGGUGCCUUGAUCCCAGCAACCAGAUCGCCAGCGUCGAGAUGUCCGAGCUACAGACGAAACUCAAACUUAUCAUCACGGAAGCAGCCGAAAACCAGAGCCUUCACCGGAUCGACUGGGACCGAAUGCAACUUCCCCAGGUCAUCAUCCAGAAUGAACGUAACAAGGUCUUGUCCAACCCGAGUGUGUUGGGCUGGAGUCUUUCCAGUCAAUCUCCUCCUCUCACAGAUGCGUCGCGGAAGCGCAAGUCGACCGAUGUUCCUUACCAGACUGAGCAUGAUACAGCGCCUUGGAAGAAAGCUAACAAUCGAAAUCGGUUUGAGGACCGAAUCACUUACCCGUCCACAGACAAGAAAGCACGAAUGGCACUUGAGGAUAGGGACUCUAGUAAGUCCAAAGCUAAUUUGGAGAUGAGGAGGAAGCGUUUUGAAGGAGCGGGAGCCAGCUUCGGAAACUCGGGAGCCUCUUUCCCCAUAGAAACCCGCAAACCAGAGGGCGAACAAGGACCUGUGGUGGGACGAUGCCAAACCCUGGAGAAGAACUACUUCCGGUUGACAUCCGCACCCAAUCCGGAGUCCGUCCGUCCUCUGCCUGUCCUGCGGAGAGCCUUGGACCUGCUGAAGAAGAAGUGGAAAGCAGAAAGCAACUACACCUACAUCUGCGACCAGUUCAAAUCUCUUCGUCAGGACCUCACUGUCCAGCAUAUACAGAACGAGUUUACCGUCAGUGUUUACGAGAACCAUGCCCGUAUCGCCUUAGAGAAAGGGGAUCUUGGUGAGUACAAUCAAUGCCAGACCCAGCUGCGGGCGUUGUACAAGAAGCAACUGGGUGGGCAUCCCAUGGAAUUCAAGGCCUAUCGUAUUCUUUAUUUCAUUUACACCCGCAACUGGACGGCCAUGAAUGAUACGCUGGCCGAUGUGACCGCAGAAGACAAGAAAGACCAUGCUGUGAAGCAUGCUUUGGACGUCCGCUCUGCUUUAGCGCUUGGUAACUACCAUCGCUUCUUCCUACUGUACCUUGAUCCGCCUAAUAUGGGGGCUUACCUCAUGGAUAUGUUCGUCGACCGUGAGCGUUUGAAUGCUCUGUCCACUAUUUGUAGAGCAUACAAACCAGAUGUUCCGGUCAGACUUAUUACUGAAGAACUGGGGUUCACGCACGAUGAUCAGGCCAUAGAUUUCAUCAUUGAGCACUCUUCCAAGGAGUCGCUCGGGGAAAAAAAUGGGACUGUGAGGCUGUUGACAAGCAAGGCUGGCCCGCAGUUCGAAGCAGCUAAGCAAGAAGCGCAUCGUGUUGUCGAUAUCAAGGGACAGAUCUGA